AUGACCCGUCUCCGUUCGAUGCCGGAGCGCGCCGCAGAAAAGAUCUGGGUUGAGAGUGAAGCUAUUGAAGCAACUGUGGAACUUCUGGAGCACUCUGCGUCACUUCACCCAGAUGUGCAGAAGCAUAACUUUCCAAUUUUUGAACAUUUGUCGAAAGAGGACCUACUGCAAAGAUGCUUGGGCGGCCACACACAAAAUGCAAACGAAAGUUUUAAUUCAACGAUUUGGCGAUUCGCUCCCAAGCAUCUGUAUUCUGGGCUGAAAAUAAUCGAAAUCUCAGCAUUUAUAGCAGCAGGAUUGUUUAAUGAAGGAUAUUCUUCAAUUUUAAAAAAUAUGAGUGGCUUAGAUAUUAUUAUUGGAAGGCAGAGCAAAACUUUCGCUGACGACAUCAACGAGAAGCGGGUUAUUCGGCAGGAGCGGUGCAGCUCUUUAACUAAAGAAGCUCGGCAAGCAGCCCGAGAACAAGCUAUGCUGGCAAAUCAGCUCUAUGAGGAGACUGAAGGGCUACUAUAUGGACCUGGAAUCGCUGACUAGCUGGUAAAUCUUUGAAAUCAUUGAGUUUUCAUUUCUCAAAACUUUAAACGCGUUUUUCUCGAAACUACAUUUUAAAAACUUGCUGGAAAUGUAGCUCAAAAACUAUUUAACAGAUUCUCCUGAAAUUUGGCUUAAAAUAUAAAUAAUAACAUCUGCUUCUGUGUGAACCU